AAGCAACAUAGUUUGGUUUCACCAACUUUACAAUGUACUCCCAAAACUUAGCUCUCCAUAAGAUCCUUCCCUACUGUCUUAUCUUCUCCUUAAUUCUUCAACACUGUGGCGCCGAUUUACUCCCGCUGCCGCCAUUGCCAUUAAUCCCAUUAAUCCCAGAUUUGAUCAAUUUCUUGGAUGAAAGAAUUGUUCAGCUUCUACCCGUGAUCCUAAACUUCAAGAACAGUAUCCUUUCCGAUCCACUGGGGAUAACGUUGUCGUGGGUUGGUCCUAAUGUCUGCAACUACAAAGGCUUCUACUGCGGUAACCCGCCGGAUAACCGGAGCGCCACCGCUCUGGCCUCCAUAGAUUUCAACGGCUUUCAGCUCAGUGCUCCGUCGUUGGAUGGCUUCAUCGAUCAGCUCCCUGACUUGGCCAUUUUUCACGCCAACAGCAACAAUUUUUCCGGCGCGAUUUCUCCCAAGAUCGCCAAUCUCCCGUUUCUCUACGAGCUUGAUCUGAGUAACAACCAGCUUUCCGGCGCGUUCCCGACGUCGAUUCUCAACAUAAUGGAUCUGUCUUUCCUGGAUAUCCGGUUCAACUCGCUCUCCGGCGCCGUCCCGCCGCAGAUUUUCGGGAAACGCCUCGACGCGCUCUUCCUCAACAACAACAAUUUCAUGCAGACGCUCCCCGACAACCUCGGAUCCACCACCGCCGCAUUCUUAACGCUGGCGAACAACAGGUUCACCGGUCCGAUUCCCCGGAGCAUCGGGAACGCGUCGGCGACGUUGCUCGAAGUCCUUUUCUUGAACAACAAGCUAAGCGGCUGUAUCCCGGUCGAACUCGGCCUGCUAAGAAGAGCGACGGUUAUCGACGCCGGCGGCAACAUGCUAACCGGCCCGCUGCCUUGCUCUUUAGGGUGCUUGGAAAUGGCGGAGCAGCUGAACUUCGCCGGGAAUCUGCUCUACGGGUCCGUGCCGGAGCCGCUAUGCGGCCUAGGAAACUUACAGAAUCUAUCGCUGUCGUAUAAUUACUUCACGAAAGUCGGGCCGGCGUGUCGGAAGCUGAUCACGACCGGGAUUCUUGACGUGAAGCAAAACUGCAUUCCCGGGCUUCCCAACCAGAGAUCGGCGGCGGAAUGCGCCGCGUUUAAUCGGACACAGCAGCAGUGCCCUAACCGUGCAAGCUAUAACCGCAUUUCUUGCAAACAUCCUAAAUUUUCUCAAACAGUUCCAGAAUCUAACAAGCCAGCAAGAUCUGAAAGGCAUUUGAUUACAUAUUCUGCUUUGCUUAGACAUGGGUUAUGAUAUCAAAGCUCAUCAUCUAUGUAUCAUAUCUCAAACAUAAUAGGAUUAUAUUAUACACCCAAAACAAAACAAAAAAAACUCUAGCCUUGUAUGCUGUGUUCUUACUGUUUUAAUUUCUUAUUAUGGAAAUUAAUGGCAGGUGAUGAUUAGUCCGAUCCAUACCUAAUCUUGAAUAUGAAGAUUAAUGAUUAGGCAUUUGAAGUUGCGGAGUUGUGGCCGAAGACAUACUUUUCGCCCACCAUCUGUGCAUGCGUUGAACUGUGAAAAUGGUGGAGCGUGGGCCAACCUGCAAUUGAUUUUUGUGUUGAGCUGCGUUUUUCAAUACAAUAGUUGGAAAUCGGUACAG